AUGCCACAUCGAGAUAUUGAUAAACCUAUAUUAUUUGAAAUUGCAUGGGAGGUCGCAAACAAAGUUGGCGGUAUUUACACAGUUUUAAAGACAAAAGUACCAGUUACAGUUCACGAAUUUGGCGAUAGGUACACAUUGAUUGGUCCAUUGGUACACAAAUAUGCUGCUACCGAAAUAGAAUCAGAACCAGUAACUAAUCCUUAUUUCAAAGAAAUCCUUGAUGAAAUGACAAGACAAAACGUUAAAUGGGUGUAUGGUCGUUGGUUGACUGAAGGCGCUCCUCAAGUAUUACUUUUGGAUAUAAAUUCUGUUAGGGAUAGGCUUGAUUCAUGGAAAACUGAUUUAUGGAAUUUUACCGGAAUCCCUUCUCCGCCAAAUGAUCCAGAAACCAACGAUGCAAUUCUAUUUGGUUACCUGAUUGGUUGGUUUCUAGGCGAUGUAACUAUCAUCGCACACUUUCAUGAAUGGUUAGCGGGAGUUGCCGUAGCCUUAUUUCGUAAACGAAAAACCGAUUUAACAACAAUUUUUACCACACAUGCAACCUUAUUAGGCCGUUAUCUGUGUGCUGGUUCCGUUGAUUUCUAUAAUAAUAUUCAAAAUUUUCGCGUGGAUGAAGAGGCAGGAAAACGUGGAAUCUAUCAUCGUUAUUGUAUUGAACGUGCCGCAUCUCAUUGUGCCGAUGUUUUCACCACUGUUAGUCAGAUUACUGCUUACGAAGCCGAACAUUUAUUAAAAAGAAGACCAGAUGGAGUUCUUCCAAAUGGUUUAAAUGUAGUAAAAUUUUCUGCUAUGCACGAAUUUCAAAAUUUACAUGCAAUGAAUAAAGAAAAAAUACAUGAUUUUGUUAGAGGACAUUUUCAUGGCCAUUAUGAUUUUGAUUUAGAUAACACACUUUACUUUUUCACUGCUGGUCGUUAUGAAUAUAGAAAUAAAGGUGUAGAUAUGUUUAUUGAAUCAUUAGCUCGUCUUAAUGCUCGUUUAAAAUCAUGUAACUCGCCAAUGACUGUUGUAGCAUUUAUAAUCAUGCCUGCUGCAACUCAUUCAAUUGCAGUUGAAUCUUUGAAGGGUCAAGCUGUUACAAAACAGUUAAAAGAGACUGUGAAAGAUAUCACUGAAAAAAUUGGCCAAAGAAUAUUUGAAAAGGCUGCUAGAUAUGCAGGACGUAGUACACUUCCACCAAUAGUGACACAUAAUAUGACAGACGAUGCUAAUGACCCAAUUUUGAAUCAACUCCGACAAGUUCAACUAUUUAACAAUUCAUCAGAUCGUGUCAAAGUGGUAUUCCACCCAGAAUUUGUAAAUUCAAACAGUCCGUUAAUUGGGCUUGACUAUGAAGAUUUUGUACGUGGUUGUCAUAUGGGUGUAUUUCCAAGUUAUUAUGAACCGUGGGGUUACACUCCAGCAGAAUGUACAGUAAUGGGAGUGCCCUCCAUUACAACAAAUUUAUCAGGAUUUGGUUGCUUCAUGGAUGAGACGCUUGAGAAUUCGAUAGAUUAUGGUAUUUAUAUUGUAGAUCGUCGGAUGAAAUCUGUCGAGGAAUCGGUACAACAAUUGGCAGACUACAUGCUACAAUUUUGUCAGAAAACAAGGCGUCAACGUAUCAAUCAACGCAAUCGGACAGAAAGAUUGUCAGAUGUAUUGGAUUGGGAUUUGAUGGGUAUGGAGUAUGUGAAAGCCAGAAAAUUGGCAUUGUAUCGUGCUUAUCCUGAAUCAUUCAAUGAAAAGGACUCAAUAAUAAUAGGUGAUGGUGAUUCAGAUCAAAACAAAUACAAAAUUCCAAGACCAUUAUCAGCACCGGUUUACUCAAAUAAUGUCGAUGACGUUACAGAUGGAAUACAAACUUUAGGAUUUAAAAUGUUGGGAUCAACCAAUGAUAGUUAUGACGACAUUGAUGAGAUUCAUCCAAUUCCAUUAAUAAUAAGACGUGGUAGUACUAGUAGUGAUAUUUCGCUCAUUGGAAAAUUUUAA